AUGGCCAAUAAAGCGGGAGAUGGCGCAACAGCAGAGGCGGCAGCAGCGCAGCGCAACGAGGGCCAGGAUGUGGAUGAUGCAAUGGGAGGAGUUACGGAUUCUUCGGAGUACGUGGAGAUGUGGAUUGAUCUGUUUCUGGGGCGCAAGGGACACGAGUAUUUCUGCGACGUGGACCCGGAGUACAUCACGGACCGGUUCAACCUGAUCAACUUGCAGAAGACGGUGUCGAAGUUCACGCAGGUGGUGCAGUACAUCGUCGACGAGCUGGACGAGUUUGUGCUGGAGGGGAUGUCGCAGUCGCGGCUGGAGCAGCUCGAGAGCGACGCCCGCAAGUUCUACGGGCUGAUCCACGCGCGGUACAUCAUCACGGUGAAGGGCCUGUCCAAGAUGCUGACCAAGUACAAGAGCGCGGACUUUGGGCGGUGUCCCCGCGUGUACUGCAACUUCCAGCCGCUGCUUCCGGUCGGGCUGCACGACGUGCCGGGCAUCGACUGCGUGAAGCUGUACUGUGCGUCGUGCGAGGACCUCUACAUCCCCAAGUCGUCCAGACACAGCAGCAUCGACGGGGCGUACUUCGGCACCAGCUUCCCGGGCAUGUUCCUGCAGGCGUUCCCAGAGAUGGUGCCCGAACACCCGGUCAAGAGAUACGUCCCGAAGAUCUUCGGCUUCGAGCUGCACAGGCAGGCGCAGCUGGCCCGCUGGCAGGAGCUGCAGCGGCGCAAACUCGCCGCCCGGCUCGGUGCUCUCCCCAGAGGUGGCUACAGAAAAUAG